ACGCGUUGUUUCCCUUUCCCUCCUACUGGUCAUCCGCGCGCUGGCGUGCGAGGCCGUGGGCUCCCCCUCUGCCCCGGCGGCCAGCGGGAGCCGCAAGAAGCCACCGUGGGCUACGCGGCGGCAUUAGACUGCAUUGACCCGGAGCUCUGAGACUCCUUGGUACAAUGACUCAAGCAGAAAUUAAACUUUGUUCUUUGUUGCUGCAAGAGCAUUUUGGAGAGAUUGUAGAAAAAAUAGGAGUCCACCUAAUCAGAACUGGCAGCCAGCCAUUAAGAGUAAUUGCCCACGACACAGGAACAUCGCUGGAUCAGGUCAAAAAAGCCCUUUGUGUGCUCAUCCAGCACAACCUGGUGAUAUAUCAAGUGCACAAACGUGGCGUAGUGGAGUAUGAAGCCCAGUGCAGCCGAGUGUUGCGAAUGCUUAGGUAUCCCCGGUACAUCUAUACUGCCAAAACACUGUACAGUGACACUGGAGAGCUCAUUGUUGAGGAGCUGCUGUUGAAUGGCAAAAUGACAAUGUCAGCUGUUGUGAAGAAAGUGGCAGACCGGCUUACAGAGACUAUGGAGGAUGGCAAGACCAUGGACUACUCUGAGGUAUCAAACACAUUUGUGCGACUAGCAGACACACACUUUGUGCAGCGUUGCCCCUGGGUGCCUGUUACUGAGAAUUCAGACCCUGGGCCGCCACCACCUGCCCCCAUUCUUGUCAUCAGUGAAAAGGACAUGUACUUGGUUCCUAAACUGAGCUUGAUAGGAAAAGGUAAAAGGAGAAGAUCAUCUGAUGAAGAUGCUGCUGGGGAGCCGAAGGCCAAAAGACCAAAACAUGGCACAGAUAACAAAGAGCCCAUUCCAGAUGAUGGGAUUUAUUGGCAGGCCAACCUUGACAGAUUCCACCAGCACUUCCGUGACCAAGCCAUUGUCAGCGCAGUUGCCAACAGGAUGGACCAGUUCACUUUUCAAACCCAGACCAGCAGCGAGAUCGUGCGGACUAUGCUUCGGAUGAGUGAGAUUACCACUCCCUCUACUGCUCCCUUCACCCAGCCGUUGUCUUCCAAUGAGAUCUUUCGAUCCCUGCCUGUUGGCUAUAACAUCUCUAAACAAGUUCUCGAUCAGUAUCUCACUCUACUGGCAGACGAUCCACUAGAGUUUGUUGGAAAGUCUGGCGACAGUGGUGGAGGAAUGUAUGUCAUCAACCUGCAUAAAGCUCUAGGAUCCCUAGCCACGGCCACUCUGGAGUCUGUCGUACAGGAGAGAUUUGGGUCUCGCUGUGCCAGAAUAUUCCGUCUAGUUUUGCAAAAGAAACACCUGGAGCAGAAACAGGUAGAAGACUUUGCAAUGAUUCCAGCAAAGGAGGCAAAGGAUAUGCUUUAUAAGAUGCUCUCAGAAAAUUUCAUAUCACUCCAGGAAAUUCCCAAAACGCCAGACCAUGCCCCAUCCAGGACCUUCUAUUUAUAUACUGUGAACAUCCUGUCAGCUGCCCGAAUGUUGCUGCACAGGUGCUACAAGAGCAUAGCCAACUUAAUAGAAAGGAGACAGUUUGAAACCAAAGAGAACAAGCGUCUGCUGGAAAAGUCACAGAGGGUAGAAGCCAUCAUUGCAUCUAUGCAGGCUACAGGUGCAGAGGACGCACAGCUACAAGAAAUAGAGGAAAUGAUCACAGCCCCUGAACGCCAGCAGCUAGAAACCCUGAAGCGUAAUGUCAACAAGUUGGAUGCCAGUGAGAUCCAAGUGGAUGAAACCAUCUUCCUGCUGGAGUCAUAUAUUGAGAGCACCAUGAAGAGACAAUGACCUGGAAAAAGAGCCUUCCUCAAAAAGUCUGAGGAGAUUGGAAGGAAAAAUAAAGGCAGUGCCUGAUGCAUUCUUUACAGUGGAA